UCGGGCGACUCCUCACUGCAGCGGAGCCUGUUGCAGCAUCACCGGCACUUCCCCGCACAGGGUGGGUGGUGAUCCAAAUGUACCGCGGCGGCAGCUCGUAUGCCUCCGGUUCGAGGUCUGCGACCAGGAGGCAUGUCGACUACGGGAGGACUUAUGUUGUCCGGCCCAAGGGCAGACAUCGGGCCACCAUCGUCUGGCUUCACGGUUUAGGAGACAAUGGCGCAAGCUGGUACCAGCUCCUGGAAACUCUUCCUCUGCCAAAUAUUAAGUGGAUAUGCCCCACUGCUCCUACUCGACCUGUGGCUCUUUUCGGUGGAUUUCCAUGCACUGCAUGGUUCGACGUUGCGGACCCUUCACAGGAUGGCCCUGAUGAUGCCGAUGGAUUGGAAGCUUCAGCAGCACACAUCGCAAAUCUUUUGUCGUCUGAGCCAGCUGACGUAAAACUUGGAAUCGGUGGGUUCAGUAUGGGUGCCGCGACUGCCUUGUAUUCUGCUUCUUGCUUCGCACACGGAAGAUACGGAAAUGGAGGCCGAUAUCCCAUAAACCUCAGUGCAGUCGUUGGUCUCAGCGGCUGGCUUCCCUGUUCCAGGAGCUUGAAGACCAAGGUGGAAAGCUCACAGGAAGCUGCAAGGCGAGCUGCCUCCUUGCCACUUUUGCUCUGUCAUGGAACAGGGGACGGAGUGGUUCCCUAUAAACAGGGAGAAAGGUCUGCGGAGACGUUGAGGAUGUCGGGGUUUCGAAAUCUCACGUUUAAGGCCUACAAUGGACUCGAACACUAUACGAUUCCGGAGGAAAUGGAUGCCGUCAGCAAGUGGCUCACCGCGAGGCUGCGGCUCGAUGGGUCUCGCGCUUGACGACGGGACGUGCCGUGUGCGUCCUGCGAUCGCAUCGAGGCGCGGCUAUAGAAAGUACACCUAACUCACCCAGUAUGCGUAUGUGCUCAGGUGCUCGUCGCGGCGAUAUGUGCCGUGAGAGUCGAGUGUGUCUUGUGAUAGCCUUGUCUCCCUUUGGCCUCGGAGUGGCUUAUCAGCUUGUUUGGUGUACAUUAUCUUCCUUUCUACGAAUGAAUGAACAGAGUCUAAUUA